GUGCGCUCCGUUUAUUCUCGGUAAAUUAGUUAAUCGUUCUAUUUAAUCUUAUAAUAAUUAUUUGAUUGUUUAUGUCUAUUUAUACUUUUGUGACAGUUUCUCUCUAAGCAAUUUUACAAUUCUUGUGUAAUUUGGGCAAUAGGUGGCUUUCUGUUUGUACAGCAACAUAAAAUGCAACCAUUGAAGCGUUUUACACAAUGUGGCAGCCUAACCAUGCUCUUUGGUGUUUUUAUCAUCCUCUUUGGUGUCAGCUCAACGGCAUUAACAACAUUCGGCAAGACCAAUAAUCAGCCGCCCCCUACACAAACUCCCACAGUCAAAGGGCGCGAAUGCAGUACACACGAGGAUUGCUCGGCCAUAGAACGUACUAGCUGUGUGAGGGAUCCCAACGACUACAAACUUCGUUGUCUGUGCGGAGACGAUUCUCCUCCAGCGAAUGGACUUUGUCCUGAUGUACUCAAGGGGCUGCGUCAUAAGUGCAACAACAACAACGAUUGUGAAGAUGGAAUGGUUUGUCAAUUCGAAAACAACAACAACCGAACGAUUGGGGUCUCUAAGUUUAUGUCAAGUAAAAUCAAGCAAUGCCUUUGUGAUAAUGAUAAUGGAUAUGUGGAGGAUAUUCUGCACGAUAUUUGCAACGGAGCUAAUGAUUCAUAUCUGGUAAAUAUUUUGGUAUAUGUCUGUUCUUUGAUGACGCCGUUUGCUUUCUCCGCCUUCAUGGCCAUCAAAAAGAAUUUCUAGAAAGCGAUUUAAGCCCUGGCAUGAGAUAUACAAUCCAACCAUUUAUUUUUAUGUCCUUUAGUGAUCCAUCGAAUGUGCCUCAAAACAAACAAAUCAAAUGGAAUCGCCUUGUUCAAACACUUAAGAAACAUAUGUAUGCUCCUGAUAAUACUCUUUCAAAUCCAGAAACCUAGCAUAGCAAAUUGGCUUUACACAAUGUAAUUGCAGUCGUAAUUUGUCCAAAUGUUAAAUUGAUAAGUUUCAUAAGUACCACCGUAAAUUUUAUUCGCUUCUCACACAAAGUCGCGUUAUACAUACAUAGAUUAUAUACGAUAUAUUGUUAAUAAAGUUUUUAUAUAGGUAUCGCUACAAAAAUUUAGUCUGUACUUGAUAUAUGCAUAUAAAUAAAUACACAUAAAUAUAAACAUAUAUACAUAUAUAGUGGCGGUUAUAUUAAGCAACGUUUUUCGAUUCAAUAAGUAGACAGUUCUAACACAGUUUAACAAAAUAAUUGUAGACUUGUACGAAUAUGCGUUAAACCUGUUACGAUUACAUAAUGUAUCAAAGAUAUGUUACGCUGACUACGUUUUAUCAUUGUGAAUCACAUGAAACACAACCACGUCAAACAGUUUUACAAGUUCGCACUUCCAGGGCAAAUCGUAGCUUAUAUGCAAUAAAAAAGCAAAAUAAAUUUUGUACAUUUGCUGAUGAAAGCUAUACACAUUGAACAAUUUUUGUCCGUAGUAGUAAAAUUUUAUUAAAU